UGGCGUGUAGAUCUGCAGGUUUGCGCAACGCAUGAGACCCUGGACCAGUCGCCAGAAGCCCAGGAACGUCACAACCAGGAAACGCAGUGAGAAGUGAGAGAAUCUGGAGUAAACAGAAGUGAAUCUUGGUGGUUUGUGGGAAAAUGGCCUCGGGUUCCCCCAUGGUGAAUGGGGAUCUGUCUCACCCCAUGCAGUCUCAGACUGCUGCUGCACCACAAGAAGAGGAGACGCUCCAGCAGAUGAACAUCCUCAUCAAGGAGAACCGGGAGCUCAAAGAAGCCCUGAAACAGACUAACCUGUCGAUGAAGGAGAGGUUCGAGGGACUGUCUGCCUGGAAGGAGAAGCAGAAAGAGGAGAGAGGGUUCCUGGAGAAGCGACUCGAGGAGGCCAAGCAGAGAGUCCAAACUCUGGACAGCGAGAACGAGUUGCUAAAGAAACGUGUGCUGGAGAUGGAGAAACAGCAUUCUGGUGCAGAGGAGGGUGAUGGUGGCGGUCUGCAGGCCAAGCUGGAGGUGUUAACGAGUCAGAUCGCCCGCCUGCAGGCGGAGAAGAACGACCUGGUAGCUAUAAACUCUGAACUGCAGCUGAAGAUGAGCCAGGCAUCUCCGGAAGAUUCCUUCAUCGAGAUCCGCAUUGCCGAGGGUGAGAUGAACGUGACCAGAGAUUUGCCUCCUCAGAAAGACCUUUUUGCAUCGAGCACGAUUAAAUCCGACAUGGCUGGGUCUCGGCUGGAAUCAGAGGAGCAGACGGUGAGUCAGCUCCUGCAGUCUCUGAGACUCGAGACACAACAAAAAGAGCAACUGCAAGUCAAAUUACAGGCUGCAGAGAAGAGGAUUGCAGAACUGGAGAUGAAGGAACCCAACAGCGAGAGUGGAACCCAGACGUCUUUGCCCUGUGUGACACAGGAAAUGCAGAGCAAGAGCUCUCAGGAGGAAACAGACAAAUCUGCCUCUGAGGUGGAGAACCUGAAGACUCAGUUGAUGGGUUUGUUUAAAGAGCUGCAGCAGGCUCAGAGUAAACUGGACGAGGCAGAGAAAAUGAAGAAGAACCUCCAGGACAGGUGUAAGGAGCUGGAGCAGGACCUGGGCACGCUGAAGACUCAGCUCGGGGAGAGAGAGCAGCUGCAGGCUGAGAACGACAGACUGAAGGUGCAGCUGGAGAGCUUGCAGGCUGCCAACAAACUGGAGCAGAAGAAGGUUCAGGAUGAAAGGACUGCUUUGGCCCAGCUGAAGGAUGCGUACACCAAGCUGUUUGAGGAUUAUGACGAACUUCAGAAAGAGAAUAAAAAACGACAGGGAAGCGUAUCACAGGAGGAGUACAGUGAGCUUCAGUCCAGGAUUGCUGCAGCGGAACAAGCUUUAGCGGACAAGCAGCAGAAGAUCGACUUAAUGAAGCAAGAGCUGUAUGAGAAGGACAAAGAGCUGGAGACCGUCUCUGUAUUCAAGGCUCAGGCAGAGGUGUAUUCCUCAGAUUUCUACGCCGAGCGAGCUGCGAGGGAGAAGAUUCACGAGGAGAAAGAGCGCCUGGCUACUCAGCUGGAGUUUUUCAAGAAGCAGAACAUCCAGCUACAGGAUGAAGUGGAGUCAAUGGGCAGGCAGUCUAUGAGUGAGAUGCAGAGGAGACACGUGCCUCAUGGUGCAAACCCAGGCGAUCCUCCACCACACCACCACCUGCAGGGAGGCAGAGUUGAUUGGCAGCAGCAUGUGAAUAUUCCCGAGCACGCCUGUCCUAAAUGUGGGGAAGUCCUUCCUGAUCUGGACACUCUGCAAAUCCAUAUCAUGGACUGCAUCAUCUGAGCAUCAACACCCUGUUAGUGUCGUACACGUCUUCACCUGAGUGACACGACGAACGGGACGGCAGGAUCUGAGAAUGCAUUUACUAUACAAAACCCAUUGCACUCGUAUCUAACAAUCUCCAUCGAGAAUUUCGUUCAAUUUACUCUGUAGUUGCUCUGCAGAUCUUAAUCACUUACCCUUCUUAAAUAUGUACCGGAUAUGACCGAGGGCACGGAACUGAUCUAUAUAUCUUGUGGUAAGAUGCUUCGACUUUAAAUGAUUAUGAGGUGAAUGAAGCUAAAAGAAUGGGAGAGUCCAAACAGGAGGCUGGAAAUGAAUGCGGACGGUUGAAUAAAGAGUAGGAGCUAUAUUUAUGUUUAUAUUAUAUUAUAUAAUAUAAUAUAAUAUAUAGCCAGAAGCAAAAGUGAAGGUGGGAAUUGUUUAAGUACAUUGCUUUGAUUUAUAUUUAGAUUACGAUUUAUUUUUGGAGACGGUAUUUUGUGUUCAAAUAUAUUUACGUUUAUUAGAAUGGGAGGGAGAAAAUGCACAGGGAGUGUGUUAAAAACUCGAUCUUAGCAAAUGGUUUAUGUCGAGGUGAAUACAAGUAGCGUGUAGGACGGAUAAAGCUUUAAAAAUGCUCUAAUGCUUUAUUAUUUAUGCAGGGGUCUUGUGUCGUCUUUGCUAACAAGAGUAAAGCUGUAGCUGAGUUCAGGUGCUGAUGCAAUUAUACCACCUAUGCAUCCACAUUUAGCCUGUAAUACAAUAAAAACGUUCAAAUAAAAUGCUAUAUUAUCUAUA